AUGAGCAUCAACUUUAGUGACCUCAGCAAAGGGAUGGUGAUUGAGCUGGAGAACCAGCCGUGGCAGGUGUUGGAUUAUGAGCGACACAAGAUGCAACAGCGCGCCCCCGUCACCCGGAUUAAGAUGCGGAAUCUCGUCAACGGCACGGUCAUCGAGCGGACGUUCCAAAGAUACGACACCGCAUUCAGUCUAGCCGAGGUCGACCACCGCGACAAUCAAUACCUGUAUACCGACGGUACCCAUUAUUUCUUCAUGGACCAGGAAAAUUUUGACCAACAUGAGCUCACCGCCGAGCAGUUGGGCGAUGCCCUCGGCUAUCUAAAAGAAAGCAUGAUCGUGGAGGUCGUUUUUUACAAAGGAGCGCCCAUCAACGUGAAUCUUCCCAUCCACGUGGAGCUCGCAGUGGUCGAUACUCCUCCCGCUUUCAAAGGCGAUACUGCCCAGGGAGGCAAUAAACCGGCCACCCUGGAAACCGGGUUGCGCAUUACCGUACCGAUGUUCAUUACUCCAGGGUCGAUUGUGAAGGUCGAUACGCGCAAUGCCACCUACUCGGAGCGAGUAUCCUAA